GUGGGUUAGGACGACGCAGGAGAUUGAACCCUUCUUGAGUUUUUUUUCAGUGUUGCCAAUCGCAAUAAUGUUUUUUUUUCUUUUUUCACAGUAGUGCCAGACGAGGGGCGUUUAUAGUGUCAGACCUGUCACUUGUCAACUUGAGUGUUUAUUAAAAGUGUUUUCUACGUAAACACCGAAGUGACAUUAAAAGCAAAUAUGUUUCCUGUUUUUUUUUAAAUUACCAAACUGCUCGCAAUACAAUAAAUCUAAUUUUCAAACAUUAUUUAAGUUUGGUUAUACAGGGGUGAAUAUUACAUACUGACAUUUCAAAACUGUCAAGUAUAUUUUGACGAUUUAAAUGAUCAGCUCAACAAUUAUUAAGAAUUUCUUUACAUCACAUAGUCGUGUCCACUCUAGUCCACCCUGGUUCAUCUUUCCGAUAACCUAACGUGCGAUAAACUUCUAUAACUUCAAUUGGAGUAUCAAUUAUUGUUCCUGGUGUUGAAAUAUUAUCACAAUAUGGAACACAAAAAUCGUUCGGAGGCCUACAACUUGUCGAUACUUUUGUAACCUUAUUUGACCGAAGGAAGUAUCACAGUUUGGCUUUGAGAAAAUUCAGUGUCAAUCUUCACAAGUUUCUUCUACGCUGAGUUCCUUCAAUAUUGUGAAGAAUGGCAGAAGAAGAUGCUACAGAAAAAACCUUCAAAUUUGAGUUUCCCACUUGUACAACAAACGAUAAUUACACCUUAGAAAUUCCACUCAAAAUCCCUUUCAACGGUUCUGUCAAAGAACUCACCCACAGAAUAAUGUCAUCCUUCAAAUUGCCUUGCUACGUUGAACAAGACCUUUUCGAAUCUCUCAAAACUUUUGUCAAAGAGCAGUCGCUCUGUUUCCAUGACGAGAGAUCAGAGAAACUCAUUGAAAAAGCUCAGAGUGGCGAUCUUGACGUCGAAGAAAUAAUAAAGAAUCUAGAAAAAGCUUAUAAACUCAAGACUGCUGAGUACGCCGAACCCAUGGGUACAACGGACGAAGAAUUAUUUGCUGCUGCUUAUCAUAGAUUGGUUCACUCACCAUCGCUCGAACCUAUUUUACAAGCUGAACAUGAAUACGGCAAAGAUGUCACCGAAGUCAUACAAAUGAGAGAUUCGGAUUAUCAGCAGCUAACAAAAAAGCAAACCGAAGAGAUGCGAGUCGCCAUAGAAACCCUGGAGACAGGAUCGACUGAGAAAUCCAUUAACGAGAUGGCAGCUAGACAUUUUGAGGAACAGAGUCUAUUGCAAGGACAUUGGGGAUCGCGAGUCGACGCUCUUAAGUUGGAACAGCGGCGACAAUAUCGUAAUUGGAUAAUGCGACUGCUCGAGGAUCAACAAACGAGCAUGUUGCCGACGCCUGUAAGUUCACCGAUGGUGCCAAUGCCCCCCAUUCCAAGUGGCCAUGACAAUUCCAUCAUUAACGAGGUCAAGAGUACCUCGGACUAUCCCCAGUUGGAAGAAAGCUUCACAAUACAUUUGGGCUCACAGAUGAAACAAAUGCACAACAUUCGUAUUUUGACUGGCGACGUUUUAGAUUUUUGCAGAACGAAACACGCAGACUUGGGAAAUAUGGACCCCAUACCUCAAAGAUUACAAACUGCUCUUGGACUGUACUCCAACGACUUGUGCGGUCUGGUCCUACUCAGUGACAAUCAUCUUGGAAGUUAUUCCGGAAUUACAAAAGAACUCUGUUCAAUUUGUCAGCUGACGACGGAAUUCCACUUCCCACCGAUCGACGAGCAGUUGGAAAAAAUUCGCGACGACGUCAAAGAAGCGGUUGCCUGGCGUCAAUCUCAUCAUCGUGAUGGCAGCGAUCCACAAACGAAGAGAACGACGACGAGCAAGGCUCUGCAAACGGGAGACGUUUUCAUCACGAGGCACUCGAAUUUGGCACAAGUUCACGUAGUUUUUCACAUGGUUGUCAACGACUCUUUGAGGUCGGGUGAUAUAAAUUCGCGUCAUCCAGUUAUUCUCGGAUUGAGAAACAUUCUCAAGACUGCGUGUUGCAACGAUGUUACUACUUUGACCAUUCCAGUGCUUUUGGUUCAUGAAAUGACCGAGGACAUGACAGUGGCGUGGUGCACCAAACGAGCGGAAUUGGUUUUUAAAUGUGUCAAAGGAUUCAUGAUAGAAAUGGCAUCGUGGGGCGGAGCUGAAUUGAAGAAUUUACAGUUUCUCGUUCCCAAGGGAAUGUCCGAAGAGGUUUUCGGCACUCUUGCAACGAUGUUACCAAGCAUAUUCCGCGUUUCAAAUCCGUUAGUUUUCAAAGUCAGCGAUAGCCCUAACACACCUAAAAAAUGAUAAUAAAGAAGAGAAAACAUAUUUACGAUA